AUGAGUCAAUCACUGUCUGUACCUCCGUUUUUCGACGGAAGUAAUUAUGCAUAUUGGAAGGUUAGAAUGCGUGCGUUCCUUAAGUCCUUAGAUGAGCAUGUUUGGAUUCGCGUUCAAAAUGGUUGGAAACCUCCAUCUACUACCGUAUCAGGAACAAUUAACCUUACUGACAUAUCACUGUGGACUAAAGGUGAAUUAGCUGCAUGUAAUUGGAAUAGUAAGGGAAUUCAUGCAUUAUUCAUGGCUCUAUCUCCAGAAGAGUUUAGGAGAGUGUCUAUGUUUGAAGAAGUGAGGAUGAAAGAUGAUGAAACCUUUGAUGAGUUUUACGUUAAACUAAAUGAUAUAGUUAACUCUAGUUUCAACCUAGGUGAGAGAAUUCCCGAGACUAAGAUUGUGAGAAAAGUACUUAGAUCUCUGCCUGAGAGAUUUAGGCCUAAAGUCACUGCCAUUGAGGAAAGUAAGGACCUAGAUGAAGUUAAGAUCGAAGAAUUGGUAGGAUCCUUGCAAACCUAUGAACUCACUAUCUCACAACAUAAGAAAGGAAAGUCCAUAGCCCUAAAAUCCAUUAAAGAAGAUGAAUCUUCUGAUACUGAGUCACUUAGGGAUGAGAAAAUCGCAUACGUUGUUAAGAAAUUUCAAAAAGUCCUCAAGAAUAGGAGAAAGCCUCAGGAUAAAAAGAGUGGAGCCCCUAGCAGAUUCACAAAAGAUAAAAUUGAGAAAGUUAACAAUAAAGGGUCAAGUGAGAAGCCACGUUUGGUUAGAUGUCAUGAGUGUCAAGGAAUAGGUCACUAUAGGAAUGAGUGUCCUAGCUAUAAGAAAAAUCAAAGAAAAGGGAAAGAUAGGGCCUUAGUUGUCUCACUUACUGAUAAUGAAUCUAAGACCGGUGAUACGCAGGAAUCCUCUAGUAGUGAUGACGAAGGAAAUUAUAUAGCAUUUGUGGCUACUGUUAAGAGUGAAUCUGAUAAGGAAAGUGACAAGGUUGAGGAAGAACAUUCAAACGAUAAUUCUGGUAAUGAGAAUGAGGAUGAGGAUGACAUAUACUUACAAGAAGCUUAUCAACUGUUGUUUAAGGAGAGUCUUAAAAUAAAGAAGGUCAAUAAAGCCCUACUUAAAAAGGUUGACGAACUUGAAAGGGAAAAAGAGAAACUGGGUAGUAAGCUUCAGGAUUCACUUAAGAGUGGUAGUGAGUUAAAUGGAACUAAUAAAUUGGAUAACCUGUUGGGAAUGAAUAAGCCAGUGGGAGAUAAGAGAGGUCUAGGAUAUGUUGAGGGUAAUACACAUGUUGCUGGACCAUCUAAGACUGUCUUUGUGUCUGCUUCUAAGUCUAAUGCUGUUAGGAGUCCAAGUAAGGGUAUGAGUGUUCCUAGGGAACAGAGUCAUCAAUCACGUAGGAACAUCAGGACUAGGUACCCACAGACACGUACCUUUGAGCCUAGGUUCAUUCCCACUUGUCACCAUUGUAGAGCUCUAGGACACACUAGACCUAGAUGUUAUAAGUUAGGCAAUGAGCGUAGAAAUCAAAACAUUCCUAGUCAGGUUUGGGUCAGAAAGGGUGAUCUAGGUAGACUUUCAGGUCAAGUAAACUGUUUUGUUGCUCAUGUUGCUUUAAAAGCUCAAAAUUCUAAUAUGUGGUACCUGGAUAGUGCAUGUUCUAGGCAUAUGUGUGGUAAUAAAGCUCUAUUUACUACUUUUGAUGAAUGUAAUGGUGGUUUAAAGUCAAAUUUGUUAAGCAUUAGUCAGAUUUGUGAUGACGACUUUGAGGUUAGUUUUGUGCAGAAGAGAUGUACCGUGUAUGAUUCAUCCGGUGGGGUAGUCCUUGAAGGGGUUAGAACAUCUGACAAUUGUUAUGGGGUAUUACCUAAUUCUAACUAUGUGUGUAGGAGUGCUAAAAUUGAUGUGAGUGAGCUCUGGCACAAAAGAUUAGGUCAUUUGAACUAUAAGAGUCUAGAGCAGUUGGCUAAGAAAGAAUUGAUAGAUGGGUUGCCUAAGAUAGUUCCUAGUGAAAAUGUUGUGUGUGGACCAUGUCAACUAGGUAAACAAUUUAAGGGGAGCCAUAAGAAGACUACUAAAAUUCUGACCAAAAGACCCCUGGAGUAG